CUCAUCUUUCCGUUUCUCUCUGAUCCGAGCCGAGCCUCCCCACUUACCCCUCAAAAGUCUACGUCUCAUGUCGACAUCCCAGAACCCUUUCUGGUAUAAGCUCACGUCCGUCCCGGAUACGGACCCGAGCUCGUGUGUCCUCGACGCGUUCCGGAUUGCCAUCGCCGAGCGCGUCGCGAGCGCGCUGCCCCCUCUGACGGUCGAAAAAGCAUACUCGGGCGUCGAUUACGGCAAGAAGGGUGUCGACUUCACGGUUGCGUUGCCGCGCUUCCGGUUGCCCGGUAAGGUGGACGAGCUGGCAAAGAAGGUCAUCGAUGCUUUCCAGCCCGACGACUUCGUCGCAUCCGUCGUACACGACAAGGCCUUCCUCCACUUCCAGCUCAACACUACUUCCCUCAUCCGCGAAGUCGUCAACCAGAUCUACACUACCACCUACGAGCCCGGCCAGGGACUCGAUGCCAACGCCGAGCCGACCAACCCGCGCUACGGUACCAACAGCUCGGGCGGGGGCAAGACGCUCGUUAUUGAGUACUCAUCACCCAACAUCGCCAAGUCGUUCCAUGUUGGUCACUUGCGCAGCACGAUCAUCGGCGCGUUCCUUGCAAACCUGUACAAGGCAUGCGGGUGGAAGGUGCUUUCAGUGAACUAUCUGGGCGAUUGGGGCACCCAGUUCGGCAUGAUUGCCACUGGCUUCGAGAAAUACGGCUCGCAAGAGGCGCUCGAAAGAGAUCCCAUAAAACAUCUGUACGACGUCUACGUGCAGAUCAGCCGCGAGGCCGAGGCGGACCCGAACGUCAAGGUUGAGGCUGCCAAAUGGUUCAAGCGCAUGGAAGAUGGGGACGAGAGCGCGCUCGCCAACUGGCGCGUCUGGCGCGAGCUCAGCAUCAAGAAGUACACUGAGGAGUAUGAACGACUAAACGUACAAUUCGAUGUGUACACGGGAGAGAGCGAAGUCGGCAAGGAGUGGCAGGAUAAGGCGUUGCAGCGGCUUGAGGAGAUGAACUUGGUCAGCGAUGCGAAUGGGGCGAAGCUGGUGGAUCUGGAGAAGUGGAAGUUGGGCAAGGCUGUGUUGCGGAAAGCUGACGGCACGUCCAUAUACCUCACGCGCGACAUUGGCGGUGCGAUCGAGCGAUACGAGAAAUGGAACUUUGACAAGAUGAUCUACGUCAUCUCGUCACAGCAAGACCUACACGUCGCACAGUUCUUCAAGAUGCUCAAGCUGAUGGAGUUCCCGUGGGCCGACAGACUCGAGCACGUCAACUACGGGCUCGUGCAGGGCAUGAGCACGCGCAAGGGCACCGCCGUGUUCCUCGCCGACAUCAUCCGUGAGGCGUCGACGGUGAUGCACGAGCAGAUGAAACGCAACGAAGAGAAGUACAACGCCAUCCAGGACCCCGAGACCACGAGUCGCGAGGUGGGGAUUUCGGGGGUAAAGAUUCAGGAUAUGGCUGCCAAGCGGAUAAACAACUACAACUUCAACUGGGACCGCAUGCUCUCCUUCGAGGGUGACACGGGCCCCUACCUCCAAUACGCACACGUCCGCCUCUGCUCGAUGGAGCGCCGCAACCCCGAGGUCUUCCCCCUCCCCGCGCCCUCGUCCAUCGACUUCAACGUGCUCGCGGACAGCCAGCACGCGCGCGACAUCGCGAUCCUGCUCGGCUCGUACCCGGACGUGGUGAAGACGGCGCUCAAGACGCACGAGCCCUCGGGCGUCGUCACGUUCGCGUUCCGGCUCGCGCACGCGAUCUCGAGCGCGUGGGAGACGCUGGUGGUCAAGGGCGAGCAGGAUCGCGGGAAGGCGCAGGCGCGGUUUUGGCUGUAUAGGAGUGCGCGGGAUACGUUGGGCGCUGCGAUGCGGUUGUUGAGUAUUCGGCCGAUGGAGCAUAUGUGAGGAGGUUGACGGGGGUGUAAAAGUAGUGGGAUUAGAGUGUUUUUUUGUUUGAAUUUGGUAGGAUAGCCUCGCUGCAAUAUUGCACCGCAAUAAUAUAAAUAGUCAGAAGUAAAUGGGAUCAUCUAUUGUCUAUCCUGGAUUAAUAGGUACUCGCUCAAUUCAGCCCUUUCA